CUCUCUUCAAAACCCACUCAGAACCUCCUCCUCUGACACCAUGGUUAACUCCUGUUGUGGCUCUGUCUGCUCUGAGCAGGGCUGUGAUCAAAGUCCCUGCCAGGAGAGCUGCUGCCAGCCCAGCUGCUGCCAGACCACCUGCUGCCGCCCAGUCUGCUGCCAGACCACCUGCCGCCCCAGCUGUGGAGUGUCCAGCUGCUGCCGCCCCAGCUGUGGAGUGUCCAGCUGCUGCCGCCCCAGCUGUGGAGUGUCCAGCUGCUGCCAAACCACCUGCCGCCCCAGCUGUGGAGUGUCCAGCUGUGGAGUGUCCAGCUGCUGCCGCCCAGUCUGCUGCCAGACCACCUGCCGCCCCAGCUGUGGAGUGUCCAGCUGCUGCCGCCCAGUUUGCUGCCAGACCACCUGCCGCCCCAGCUGUGGAGUGUCCAGCUGCUGCCGCCCCAGCUGUGGAGUGUCCAGCUGCUGCCAAACCACCUGCCGCCCCAGCUGCGGAGUGUCCAGCUGCUGCCGCCCAGUCUGUCAGACCACCUGCCGCCCCAGCUGUGGAGUGUCCAGCUGCUGCCGCCCAGUCUGGCAGACCACCUGCCGCCCCAGCUGUGGAGUGUCCAGCUGUGGAGUGUCCAGUUGCUGCCGCCCAGUCUGCUGCCAGACCACCUGCCGCCCCAGCUGUGGAGUGUCCAGCUGCUGCUGCCCAGUCUAUCAGACCACCUGCUGUGGUACAACUUGCUGCCGCCCCUCUUGUUGAAUUUUCUGUCUGACUACCGACCCUGAGGCAGCCAUAAUCACAGUGAGCUGAACUUCUCAUCCUUGUAUUAAAUGAUUCCUACUUUUGUUGUCCUGACUACGGAAAGAAACCGGCAGAAGAGAAUCCUACUAAGUACCGCCCAUAUUUCCCAAGGAUCUCCUCUCUACAUGCGUGUCUCAGAUGCAUGGUACAGCUAAACAUAUCCUUCGCAUCUCCAACUUCCUUGGACUUCACCAUUCUGUGUUUAACUAUUCUUCAAUAAAUAUUGCCUUAUAUUAGAAA